AUGAAACUCGUGAUUAUUGCUAGCUUUGCUUUAAUUGCAGCCGUGAGUCUGUUUCCUUAAGAAACAUUUUUAUGGAAUUGAUUUUAGGUAUAUUCUGAAGAUGUUCCUGCUGGUCACACAGUUGUUGCUCAAUGUAAAUGCAGUGAUUUGGAAGAGUGUGGAGUUGAAGUCAAAGCAAAAACUGACAACUGCAAAAAACAGUAGGUUUUUUUCAGAGUUCUGCGAUAUUUUUUUGAAAAUUCAGAUAGUAGUUCUGGAUGUUUCACAGAAAUUUACUCUUUUUUUCAGACCAAAAUGUACCGAUUUUUUGAAACAAAUUGGAGAUGCUACCAAAAUUAUGGCUUGCCUUGAUGCUGAUCAUGUGGUUAGUUUUUUCUCACAUAGAUUGAUGUUUAUCGUGAUUAAAUUUCUGAAAAAAAAAACGUUGUACGGUAUUUUUUCUGGUGACAAAAUUGGCAAAAAUUUUGAUUGAGUCUAAACUUAAAAAAUAAGUUUGAAAUUUUCAGAAACAUAUUUUUCUGAAAUUGAUAUUCAGGUUUCUUUCAUUUGUUUCAUAUUCAAAAUCACAUUUCAUUAACAUUUUCAAAAAAAAAACUAUGAAACAUCAUCUACAAUUUUAUCAGUCUCAAACAAGUUAUUUCUAAUCCCUUUUCAACAUUCCUAAUUUCCCGGUUCAUCAAUUUCCCUUCCGAAAACUAAAAAUCAUCACUUUCAACUUUGAUGUUUGAACCCAUUUAUCAUCAACAUUUGAUCGAUCAUAUUCUAUUUUGGGUACAUUUUAUCAAUUUGCAGCAAAUGAUGAAAGUCGAAACCUGUGCCAAGAAGAAGUUGAAUGGUGAACUUGGAUGCACCAACUCUGAAACUCCAGUCAAUAUGACAAUUCCAUUGAUACCAGUCAUCGAAGUUCCAUCACUCGAAGAAGCUGGAGGAGCUCAGCAAGGAGAAGGCGAACAACACGCUCAACCACAACCACCAAUGCAACUUUCGCAAUAUUUGAUGUGUAUUGAUGAAUGUGCUCAUGAUGAUAUGGAUGUUAUUCCAGGAAGAAAGAAGAGAUCACCAGCUACCUGUGCCUUCAAACUUAAGUAUGUUUAUUUUUUGUCCCCACAUCGUCUUAUUACGCGAAUUUUCCAUUUUUCAAAGAUCAUAAUUUUAUCAUUAUUAUUUUUCUUGUUAAGAUGUGCUUUGGCUCCACCAUCAGAACAAACUCAAAACGCCUACACCGAAUGUCAAAAAGAAUUGAACUUCGACCCAGUGAAAGGAGCUGCCGAUUCUUGCAAAUGUCUCAAAGAUGCUGGAGUUGCAAUGCAAUGUUAA